AACCUACUAAAUGGCAGUGUGUACAGUACAUAUAUAUAUAUAGUUGGUGUUACGUAUAGUGACCGCUGCUGGAUAGACUUUUGUACAUGUUUUAGAACAUUCUGCAGGUGUUAGGCUGGUUUCCUUUCCUAUAUCUAUUUAAUCUAUGCAAAGCAGAACUAAAUAUGAACCAGAUCAGGUCAAAAUUAAUGGACGCUAUUGGUCGCAACUGUCGGAAGCCGGAGGCCACCAUAUUGGGACGAUUGGUAAAGAAAGUUGGAUUGGAGAAGAAAAAUGGGUUUAUAGAAAUAGAAGCAGUCCGUCUUAGUGACAUACACCCUGACCACCAGGUGUUAGAGAUAGGUUUCGGACCAGGUAUUGGAAUAGAGGCUGCUUACAACAUCAUCAAAGGUGGAAAGGGAAAAGUUUAUGGUGUUGACUUUUCAGAGGAAAUGGUCCUCUCUACGACAAAACGAUUGGGAAAGGGACUUGGCAACGGAAAAGUGAAGUUGAUCAACGGUGACGUGGAAAACAUGUCCUUCUUACAGUCAAAUACUUUCGACAGAGUUUUUCAUUGUAAUUGUUACUAUUUCUGGCCGGAUAUGACCAAGGCAAUGAACGAACUUCAUCGUGUGAUGAAGCCAGGUGCCAUCAUGGUAACAGCAAUGAAUUAUGAACGAGUGAUGCGUUUGAACUCUACAGGGUUCUUUAAAAAAUAUGGAAAUCCGAACCAGGAUCGCUAUUUAAGUGCCUUGGAGUCAUGUGGAUUUGAUGGAGUGGAGUUGAAAAAAUUUAAACAUGGAAGUACUGGUGCAAACCUUGAAGCCAUAAUUGCAAAAAAAUCAGAAAAAUGAGAAAAUUUAAUUAAAAAAAAGAAUUGUUUUGGAUAAUUCUCAGAGAAUCCUCGUCUAUUUCAAAAACGGUACACCUAUCAUUUGGAAAGGAUUAUGUUUACACACCAUGCGGUAAAAAAGCCGAAACUCUUAUGAUCUGUUGUUAUGGGCUCAAUUUAUAAACUGAUACUGGUAAUCAAUUCAGUUAGCUUACUCAGUGUAUUAUUAGUUAUUGAAGAGUUGAUUUGAGAGUAAAUUAUUGAUAACAACAUGCAAAUUUUAUUUUAGCAAUAAAGUUUUUUGUA